AUGGCGACAGAUGAUCUGACCAAGGGGAAGCAUAUAGAUGGUGAAGAGAAGGGGACCAAGCACAGAACCUUAAGGCAAGCCUUAAGUCUCGCCGUGGUGAACUGGAGCAGAGGUGGAGCAAGAGCCUCCUACUUUGACAAACUGUGUACAGUUGGAGAGGUAGGACUGAAACCAGGAGAUUGCAGUGCCAGUGAGACUAAGAUGGCUGGACAUUUGGGUAAGAAGGAUGGUGUGAGAAAUGGUGUCAAAAGCUGCAGAGAGGUUAAGGAGGAUGAGGAUGCUGAUUUGGCCAGAGUCAGUGGCAAUAAGAAGAUCACUAGUUCUUUAAUGAGUGCAGUCUCAGUGCUGCGUUCAGAGUACCCACCCUUCUUGGAGUCGCUAGGCGUGGUGCUCGAGGGCUCUCCAUCCAGUGACUUGAAUGUCUUGCUGGGCGACUACAGUACUCACAUGGACAAUGACAGUGAGACCUGUGUGUGUGUGCUGCUGCUGUCUGCACUGACUGUUUCUGCAGUCUCUCUGUCUGUCAGUCCAAACCUUCAGCAGUUCUUCAGAGGAUCUUCUUCAGUGUCUCUGAGCUGUGUUGAUGAUGGACAGACAGUUGAUGGAUGGACAGUGAAGAGGACCAGAGGAGGACUCACUGAGGUCUGUGGAGCAGCUAAAGGCUUUGAAAGUGUUAAUAGUUCCUUCUGUGUUCUGUAUCUCUCCGUCUCCACUGAUGGAAGUUACUUCUGUGAAAACUCUUCUGGACAGCAGAGCGAUGAAGUCUCCAUCAGUGUUUCAGAUGGUUCUCUGAUCCUGGAGAUCCCUGCACUUCCUGUGAGAACAGAAAGUGACAUCACCCUGCUUUGCAGACAAAAGGAUGGUAACACAGUCGCAGCUUAUUUCCGUUUUAAUGGAAGUGUUGUUGGAUCUGGACGUAAAUCAGAGCACACCAUCACUAACAUCCAGCAGUCUGAUGAAGGUCUCUACUCAUGUUCCACUGAUACAUUUGGAUCAUCUCCUCAGAGCUUUCUGAGGGUCAGAGGUCAGCACACUGAGAUCGCUUCCUGUUUAAGGACCAGCACUAAUCUGCUGACCUGAUAAUAAACUGACUGAACCAUCUUCAUCAUCUCUCCUACAGCUCUUCCUCCUCCUCUUUUCUCCUCCUCCGUCAUUCCAGUUGUAGCAGGUCUGGUUUCUGUGGUUCUUCUGGUUCUGGUUGGAGUUCUGAUCUUCUACAGGAAACUAAAAGAGUGA